AUGCUCGAUGUGCACGAAGAGCCGCAGAAGCGCGUCCUACGCCCGCGUAUAAGCGAUCAAUGGGCGGACAAGGCCGUUCUUGCGGAGCCUUUCUCGCCUGGAUGGGACAGCGCUCAGGGCCCUCUGGGCAGUUCUGAAGGCGAGAGAGGCGCUGCGCAAAAGGAGGAGCACGAUCCGAGAGGGGCGAAAGGGAUUGCUCGAUCGCAGGACGGCGACGACGCCCCCUCGUCAGCCGAAGACGACUCUUUCGCUGCCUCCCCUCCGAGCGCCUCUCGCCCCUCUGGCCUCAACCCCGCCGCUGCAUCCUGGACGCCAUCGACAUUCACCCAUCUUCCUCCCGCACCCAUCUCGAUGCCGGCCGAAGCAGCUUCCCAAUCGCCUUCCCGCACUCGCUCGACUUCUGCCUCGACCACUGUCGAAGCCGCAUCUUCCGUCACGCCCAAAGGCAUUCCCUCGCCCCUUGCAAGGAGGGCAGACACCGCUCCGUCGGAGUCGCCUGUCGAGCGGGACGAGCGGGCGCACUCCGUCCGCACGGCUUCAACAGCCUCGAGCUCGAAAGGCUACGAGCCGACUGUCUUGCGGAAUCUCAUCUCGACAGCGUGCCAGAAUGGUGACCUCGAGCGUCUCGUCUCCCUCAUGUCGAGGUCUGGAAGCGAAGUGGCGGAUGGCUCGAGCCGAUUCACUCUUGCGAACCAGACGAGUCCCCAUAUUGGGCUAGCGCCGCUGCAUUACGCUGCUCAGCGAGGACAUGUCGACGUCGUCAAGUGGCUCAUUGAGGAAUGCGGAGCGAUGCCGGAACUGGAGGACGGUGACGGAGAGACUCCGCUGUACAAGGCGGCUCAUUCCGGCCAUCUCGACGUCUGUCGCUUCCUAAUCUCGCGCGAGGUCGAUGUUGAUGCGACGGACUCGGAUGGCUGGACGGCCCUCCACAACGCCUCGUCUCGCGGCUGGCUCGACAUCGCUCGGCUCCUUCUCGAAGCCGGCGCGGACGUCGACCACCCAAGCCGACACGGCUACACCCCGCUCAUGAAUGCAGCCUCGAAGGGCCAGCUCCCGCUCGUCCAGUACCUCCUUAAGCAAGGUGCCGAUCCACUUCGACGCAACACGUACGGCGAGACGGCUUUCGACCUCGCCGCAUCGGUCUUCGAGAUCCAGAUCUGCUCGGUCCUUGCGACGGCAGAAGCCGCCCGCCUAACCGCAGACGACUCGUUCGAUCGACCGUACAAUGCACUCGAGCUUCAUUCGACCGUCCCCGUCAUCCUGCACGAGAACCAGCGCCUCGCCCUUCCCACUCUCAAGAACCUCUCGACACUCGCGCGAGGCGGCCUGAAGUGGACGGCGAAGGCGCUCAGCAGGAACGACGGCCGAGCUGCGUACUCGCUGCCGAUGCAGCUGGGUACAUUUGCCGGACCCGAGCUCCCUUGUUUCCGCUCGGAGGUCGGCUUGCCCACCGUCGGCGAGGAGAGUGAGUUGGUCUUGCCCCCACCACGGGAGGUCAGGAGCGGAGGCAGGGUGAGAUUCGAGCGGCCGAGCGAGUCGAGCACGCCCAAGCCGGCCGAGUCGCGGCCAACAACUCUCCGUCGAGCGUCCAGUAGCGCUGCUUCGUCGCUCACCGCGGUCCUCGCCUCUUCCCCCGAUCCCGCCAGUCUACCCGCGCCCUCGACCUCAACUGCGUCACGCAAACAAUCAGCCUGGAUCUGGCUGUCGAAUUGGGUCGUCGACACCACCGCCCCGUCCGGCUCGCCAAUCGACGGCUGGUCGUACGCCACUUCAUUCGACGCGCCCGACACUGAAUGGACGCCUGAGCCGCCUCUUGAGGUCCGACGUGCGCUCGAGGGAGGCGCGAGUCUCGCUACCCUCGGCGGCGGCAAGAAGUGGGUCAGGCGGAGGAAGUGGGUGAGGGUGAUGAGGCGACGGCUCGAUGUGCCGGACUGGGGCUUCGCGAACCAGCCGCCUUUCCCUCGACGAGAAGAGCAGCACGAUUCGUCGGCAGGGUCGGACGACUACCGCACGCGCGCGCAGUUUCUCGCUGGCGUGACUGGCGAGAAGGAGCCGACGACCGUUGUCGAAGGGAACGAGCGGGCGGAGCUCAGGAAGGUCGCGGCACGGCUGGACCGCGCUGCAGACGAAUUGAGACGGGGGUUGGCGAACGAUCAGGACGACGAGAGGCGCCGGGCGGCACAGGACGACCUUGAGGUCUUCCUCCAGCAGCUCGCUCUCGUCAAGUCGCAGCUUGGGGUCGAAGGAGAUGAGGAAGAUGACUCGGACGACGAGUUUGUCUACUCUGGGCGAGACGCGGACGGUGACGACGACGCUCGCUCAGUGUGGACGACAACGCGACCUGCAAGCGUUACUUCCGGCUACGACUCGACGUUCCGCAACGACUACUUCGUCCAGCCAGUCCCUGCCUCUUCCGCCUCCUCCGCUUCCGUUGCCUCGCCUCAACCCGUUCUCACGCCUCAACUCGCACCCGACUUCCGCGUUCCGACGAAUGAGACGUCAGCCAGCAUUCGCUCGCACGUCUCGCCAGCCUUUCAGCAGCGUCCGCUACGACCAGCGUGGGAACCGGACGAGGCGGCGAACGACUGCCGUCGGUGCGGCAAGUCUUUCAGCUUCUUCAACCGCAAACAUCACUGUCGCCGCUGCGGCCUCGUCGUCUGCGCCGCUUGCUCCCGCCACGACGACGAGCUCAACCCGUACACCGUCGCGAUCGAGCCAGGCGCGUUCGUCGAGACGGAACUGCCGUGGCUUUCCGGUACUCUCCAGCGCUACCGUACCUGCGACGAUUGUCAUGCCGCCCUGUCGCUUCCUUCCGGCGUCGGCAUGACCUCCUUCCUAUCGCCUCAAUCCUUCUUCCCGGCUUCGCCCUCUCUCGGCUCGGUGACGCCCAGCGAGGCGGCGGCAUCCGAUGCCAGCGACCUCGUCGAGUGUCCCGUCUGCGGAACUGGCUUGAGCGGUAUUGGCGACAAGGUGCAGCAGGAGGCGCACGUUCGCCAUUGCCUCGAGCGAGGUGGAGGAUCGAUCGCAUCCGGUCGCUACCUCGUCUUUACGCUCCCGCCAGGUCCGCUGGUCGGCGAAGAGUGCGGCGUCUGUUGGGCCGAGUUCGAGGUCGGCGACAAGAUGGCCCGCAUGGUCUGCCUGUGCACCUUUCACGAGAGCUGCCUCAGCGGCUGGCUCGCUAGGGGUCACUCUUGCCCCAUCCACGCCGCCCGCGAGUAA